CCAUUUACUUUCUUUUUGGUUUCCGAGAAAUUUAUUCCUUCGUAACAACACAUUGCAAUGAAGGCCCGGAGCAUAUUGUACUCUUUUUAUUUAUCAUUUCAAGCAAUUAUGAAGAUGGUUUGAAUUUUGAAACAGUUGAAAUUUUAGAGUUAUUUUUGUAGAAAUUUGAUAAGCAAUAUGAAGAUUAAGCCUACCAUUUCUAGCUAAUUUUCUACUUUCUUUUUUUCCUGAAAUUUUACUCUCUUUGUGGAACUGUUAUGUUUGAAUUUAUGUUUCAUUUAAACUAUUUGCUCUUUAUUUUUAGCUAUUUUUGAGGAAAGAAAAUUAUUGCUAUCGAAUGAUACUAUCGGCCAGUUUUGAUAUGUGCAUGAACACUGCUUGAAAACAAAAAUAAAAAAGAAGGGGGAAAUUUUGUGUUGCUGCCCGCUUGCCCCCUUUAUAUGCUCGUUUGUUUUCUUGUUCUAAGGAGGCCCCAACAUGGGGAAUUGGGGAUAUAGGGGAAAGGUUGCCUAUGUCGGGAGCUGAGGUUCAAACCUAGCCCCAUUGGAUGCCACCUCUUAAGGAUGGCUGCAUGAACUAACUGGACUAAAUCCAGGUUGUUGCAUUUGCUACCUUUCUCAAUCAUCAAUCUGCAAUCGCAGCAAUGCAUGCAUUAAAUGGGGUAAAGUUUGAUCCUCAAGCGGGAUCUGUUUUGCAUAUUGAACUAGCCAGAUCAAACUCAAGGAGAAAACGUAAACCAGGUAGUGGUCCAUAUGUUGUUAUUGAUAAUAGAACCAAGGGCUCAGCUAAUACCCAGGAAACAUCAAGUGAUGAUGGAGACAGUGACACUGAAGAACCAUCUGGAGCUGAGGAUGCUGAUGCUUCAAACAAGGAUGAACUGAAAACCGUAAAGAGUGAUACAGUACAGGAUCCAGAAAACUCUGUACCAGCUGCAAAUGAACAGUUGGAAAGGACUAUUGAUGAAGGUGCUCAAGCUUGCUCUACUUUAUUCAUAGCAAAUCUAGGUCCAAAUUGCACUGAAUAUGAACUGAAGCAAGUUCUAUCCAAGUAUCCUGGAUUCAAUAUGCUCAAGAUUCGGGCUAAAGGAGGAAUGCCAGUUGCAUUUGCUGAUUUUGAGCAAGUAGAACAAGCCACGAAAGUGAUGACGGAUCUUCAGAGCAGCCUUUUGCCUUCAUCAGACCGAGGCGGCAUGCACAUAGAGUAUGCAAGGUCCAAGAUGAGGAAGCCCUAGGAAACAGGUAAUGGAGCUGGCAAUCUGCAAAAAAUGGUCCCACCAGUUGUAUUUUAGAAGCAGUCUCGUGUCCCUAUUUGGAGGACGAGUAAUUUUCCGACAGUGUAAAGGCCACAGAAAAUAAUAGUAAUAUAAUCCUAACUUACUAUUACCCUCAUUUCUGAUGUCUCAGGUCGUUUCACGUUUCAUCUUAAUCCUAAAUUGUGUCAUGAACUCUGCCAAAAAAAUGCAGAAUUCAGUGCAUUCGUGGACAGGUAAAACCUGUUCACUUUUUUUUCA